CGCCAAUGAGCACGAGGACGGCGGUGCGCUGGAUUGGCGACGGGAAUGGGUCGGGGUGAGUACUACAAGAACAAGUACGGCCGCGGCGGUGGUCGAAGGCAUGGAAACGAACCAUCUCGACACAGGGACGCGCGCUCGCGAUCGCGAGAAAGGUUGCCGGAGCAAAACCAUCCAGCUCGUUCGUGGGGAUCGCUUGUCACAACGCUCGAAUCUCUUGAAGGCCAGAGCUACGGCAGCUACAACCUGCUCCGGGGGCAGACGUAUCGUCAUGAGGAGCACCCUACAUUCACGUUGGCAGCAGAUUCCAUUCAAGGAGACGCAUAUGCUGCCCCUUCGCGCUUUCACGUCGUGCUCGAUGCUGUCAGUGCACGUUAUCCGACUGACAUGUUGUCGACAAAGGGACGUCGUAUUGGUGUGGGAGACUUCCUCGCCAGGCGAUUCGUACAAGCCACGCGAGCUCGCGGCGCCGACGCUCGAUUGGGAGGACGUGGGUGGCACGGGGCCAAAGGUGGCGACCUUGCCAUGGACAGCCCUUCCCAGUAUGUGCUCGACCGCACAAACGUGAUCGUGGCCGCCGAUGGGUCCAUCGAGGCACGGUUCACCGUAGGAUUACCAGCUCGUGGACGAACAAUUUGUGGAGAUUUUGCAGCGAACAUUCUCACGGAAGUCGUGCCAGCGCUUGUACAAGAAGCUUUGGUCAGUCCUGUGAGGCUCGCAGAGUUGUGGGAACACGUUAAGUGUGUUGAAGAUCAAGCAGCUCUCCGUGACAUGCUUGCCGGCCAGGGACUUGUAGCUUUUGUAGCCGAUGGAUCCAUCUUGCCUCGGCAGAGCGGUGCGGAGGAUUCGCCAAUGCCGACGCCACCUGCGCUGCCCUUUCAUGCACCCCGGACCUCCCCCUUACGCCGAACGUUCACCUUGCCGCAUCGUGGCGAAAUCUCGGGGCUGGGCAUUCCACCGGGCAUCACACUGUUGGUGGGGGGAGGGUACCAUGGAAAGUCGACGGUGCUGCAGGCGCUCGAAAGCGGCGUGUUCAACGUCAUUCGAGGCGACGGGCGAGAGUUCGUAGCGACGGAUGCCAACGCAGUCAAGAUCCGGGCGGAGGACGGGCGGAGCGUCGGCGGGUGCAAUGUGAGCCCAUUCAUUGGCAACUUGCCGUCGCGCAUGUCCACUCAACGAUUUACGUCUGGGAACGCGUCAGGGAGUACGUCGCAGGCCGCCAACAUCAUGGAAGCGAUCGAGGUGGGAGCCACCACGCUCCUCAUGGACGAAGACACGUGUGCAACCAACUUUAUGACGCGAGAUCGCAAGAUGCAGCAACUGGUCGCGGCGGACAAGGAGCCCAUUACGCCAUUCAUCACCAAGGCCCGAGCGCUGUUCGAAGUCCAUGGCGUUUCAAGCGUGAUCGUAGUUGGGGCACUGGGGGAUUACUUUUCAAUCGCGGACACGGUCAUCCUCAUGGAUACCUUUCAACCCAAGGUUGGUGGCCCGUGAGCUUCCGUUGUCAGGUAUUUGGAAGGAAGGUCGACCCGAUUGUAGGACGUCACCGAGCCAGCAAAGGCCAUUGCAGCACAGCACGCACCGAUUGAACAAGACCCGACGUUUCUGCCGUGCUCGGCGGCAGCUCGCAUUCCUGAUCCGCGAGGGUUUCAGCUUGAUUCGCGCCACGUGCGAUGCAGCGGCACCAAAAAGAUUCAAUACGGUGACGUCGAUAUCGACUUGACGGCCGUGGGCCAUUUGGUGGAGCCAGGGCAAGUGCGGGCGAUCGCCCAUGUCCUUCGUGGCAACUUGGCCAGCGACAAGCCUAGUCACUGCUCCAUUGCGGUAAAGACCCUUUGAACGAUGAGCCUCGGGAAUCACGCUGGUUUGCCAUGGUCGUGCAGGCUCUCCUAGACAGUGUGGAAGCCGCUUUGGACGACAGUUUGGAUCGAAUCAAAGGCGACUCUCGAUGCGGGCUGUACGCGCGCCCAAGGCGAUUUGAGAUUGCUGCUGCGAUAAAUCGCCUUCGGUCCGUCACAUGGAGUGACGCAUAGGUUUUCGCGUAGCAAUGAUCCAUCGCCAUCGCGAACGUUGUGUGCGGCUCAAAGAAAAUUGUGUCAAUGCAUGAUGAGUGGAACGUCGCCACUCUGUAUUUUCACUUUGCAUG